CAGCAUUGCUGUUUCCCAAUAGCUCUGUGUAAAGGCUGCAGAAGUUCCUUAAACGGCUUUUUAAACACCUUAAGGUCCAGUCUUCAUCAUGUUAAGGGUCAGAGGAGUAUGACAGCGAGGAUCAUUCUCUGCUUUCUGUCCUGUAGAGCUGCUGGCAUUUCAUGAAACCAGUGUUGUAGUGUACUGUAUGUAGUGAAAGUGGUCUAGUCCGUGUGGUUAUAUGGAGGGGUUGUGGGCUGUGUUUUUCCCUGUGCUGAGGGUCUGGUUCACCUGUUUGGUGGUCCUGAUCAUGUUGCCUGCCAUGUUUGGGAUCUCUCUUGGCAUCACUGAGACCUACAUGAAGAUCCUUCUCAAAACCUUAGAGUGGGCAACACACAGAAUCCAAAGGGCAAGUAGAGCAGAGGAGAUCCUGAAACAGUCCGCAUCAAAUGGUUUAAUUCAGCGGGAUAAUUCAUCUUUGGAGCAGGAGAUCGAGGAGUUGCGUCGAAAUAGGCCGAAGUCGGCCGAGCGUGGGGACUUCACUCUGAGCGACGUCAUGUACUUCACCAGGAAAGGCAUUGAGAGCAUUGUGGAAGACGAUGUCACGCAGAGAUUCACCUCAGAGGAGCUGGUGUCCUGGAACCUCCUCACCCGAACCAACAACAACUUCCAGUACAUCUCUCUCAGGCUCACUGUACUGUGGGGAGUUGGCGUGGUUGUGAGAUACUGCAUACUGCUUCCUCUACGGAUUACACUUACAGCUAUAGGGCUGAGCUGGCUGGUGAUUGGCACAACGAUGGUGGGUUUCCUCCCCAAUUUCAGAGUGAAGGGUUGGUUGAGUGAACUGGCCCACUUGAUGUGCUACAGGAUCUGUGCAAGAGGCCUUUCAGCUACGAUUCACUACCACAACAAACAGAACAGGCCUAAGAGAGGAGGCAUUUGUGUAGCUAAUCACACUUCGCCAAUUGAUGUCGUUAUUCUGGCUAAUGACGGCUGUUAUGCAAUGGUGAGUGAGACCGAAAUAACACUUCAGUGCAGUGGUUCUCAAAUCUUGGUAUUUGCACUUCCAUACAGGUUUGUAAGGUUAUAUGACCCUCAGUUUGGAGAUGCUUUCUGGAACAGCAGUAAAUAUAGCAUGGUGAGCUAUCUGCUGCGGAUGAUGACGAGCUGGGCCAUAGUCUGCAACGUCUGGUAUCUGCCUCCAAUGACGCAGAAGGAAGGAGAGGAUGCUGUGCAGUUUGCCAACAGGGUGAAAUCAACCGUUGCACAACAAGGAGGUUUAGUGGACUUGGCCUGGGAUGGAGGUCUGAAGAGGGCAAAGGUGAAGGAUUCGUUUAAGGAGCAACAGCAGAAGAAGUACAGCCACAUGGUGGUGGGUGACGACAGCAGUGACUGAAUACAAACUCCAAUGAUCACAGAUCUUCUCAUUCACCAGUCACUGGAAAUAUGGCGACUUGUUGACAAAAGUACAGGAGGGUCUACUCAUACCACUGCUGCUAAAAUACGGUUUAAAGAUAUUUAUAAAUGGGGCAUAAAUAUAAAUAAAUAUGCAUUGCAAAUGCUAUAGAUCCCAGUUUCUUAUGAGCUGCACUGCUUUUCUGUGAAGAGUUUUAUUUGCCGGAAUAUUAAUUGGGUGAAAAGGCUUUUGCGAUUUAUUUGAGAGUCCAUUUUUAAAAUUUUAAAUGUUUAAAAAGGACAAAAUUAUAAAUGCAUGAUUGGGGUUAAUAUUGAGUUUGGUAUAUGAUAAUUUAUUUCUCAGAGCAAAUAAACUUUUGUGCUUUUUUUAACAUUUGUUUCUUGUCACAUACGUAUGUCUAGUAUUGUGAUUAGUUCCUGACAAAAUACACUUAUUUUAUUAAACUCAAGGUUGCCACAGCCAUGAAAACCUGGAAAUAUGAGGGAUAAAUUCUGAUUUGUUUUGGGAAAAAGUGAAAUCUUCAAAAUAAAUUUCUAUUGUCAACAUUUUUCUUGUUAUUUUUU